CAGCAGUGCUCGCAGAGUGAGGAACAACAUCGAAAAUUUUGAAGAAUAAAAACAAAAUAAAAAAAUCUAAAUCGAAUUAAUUUCAUGUGCUGAAGACGAACUUCGUCGCUGCGCUGUUUUGAUUUUUUUCAUUGUGAGAGAAUAGUAAAAGACAAUAAUAAAAAAGUGCGCAAUACUAUUUGUGAAAUAGACACAGCUCGACAAAAAAGAGUAAAAAACGUAAAAAAAACAGUUAAAAAGUUUAUUAAAAUAUCAAGUGCAAAAUCUAUACUUUAUAUAUCAAAAGAACACACAUCCCCGAAAAUGGCCACCACACACGCCGCCCAGGAUACAACCACAAAAUACAAAAGUUGUCCGCUCAAGAAGCGACCCAUCAAGUACGAGCAAGCAGGCGAAAAGGAAACAGUACUCCCCGCGAUUGCGAUUGCACCGCUACAAUAUUACGCCGCAGCGGCUGCCUUCCAAGUGGCCAGCGUCACCACCAUCAAGCAGGAGCCGCAACUAGAGCACCUCCAAGACGAACAGCCGCAAGAUCUUUCGCUGAAACGUAAAGCCAGCGUGAACUUUGCAGACUACAGCGUGCCCGCUAAGCGUGAAUAUGUGCUCAAUCUCUCCAAGUGCAGCUAUCCGGAGGCGCCAUUGUCUAUACCAACCCGGCACUACCGUCCCGAUUCGCCGGCCAACUCUGUGAACUCACUUCAUAACGCGGAGUUUGCUUUGACAUCAUCGUCGGCUAUGCUUUCGCCGGCUGGGGAUUACGACGAGUCAGACUAUCACCCACACCAGCCAGCCAACAUACAUUUGCGUGGUCUGACCGCUGCCACCAGCGGCUACACCACAGCCUCCACCAAUUACAAAUCAGCCUUCAUGCUAGCCGCUGGCGCAACACCGAUGACAGCGCUUUGGAGCGCCUACCAACCAGCGUUGAGCGGUGGCAAUCUCAGCUCGAUCUUUCCUUCGCCAGCCUCUUCGAUCGCCACCUCACCGCGUUCGGCGUACAGCUAUCAACAUAUGACACCACCAUCCAGUCCGGGUUCGGAAGCUGGCUCAGAGCCUGAGGAUCUUAGUGUACGCAAUGAUAUACCACUGCCAGCUUUGUAUCAUCACACCGAACUGGCAUUGUCUGCAUCGUCCUCGAGCAGCGGCGGCAGCAAAUCGCUAAAGUGCCAUGAUAGCGCUGCCUCGGCUCACCACAGCGCAAGCUCCAAUGCGGCACAAAAGCAUGCGAAUUAUCGCUACAAAUGCGAUAAGUGUAGCAAAAUGUACUCCACCUCGAUUGGUCUAUCCAAGCAUCAGCAAUUCCAUUGCCCUGCCGCCGUUUGCAAUCAGGAUAAGAAGCAACAUUCAUGCCAUGAGUGUGGCAAGUUGUACACCACUGUCGGCGCUCUGAAGAUGCACAUACGCACCCAUACAUUGCCCUGCAAAUGUCCCAUUUGCGGUAAGGCUUUUUCGCGCCCUUGGCUAUUGCAGGGCCAUAUACGCACACACACCGGCGAGAAACCCUUCCAUUGCAGCGACUGUCCGCGCUCGUUUGCCGAUCGCUCGAAUUUGCGCGCCCACCAGCAGACGCAUGUCGAGGUGAAGCGGUACGCCUGCAAGGUAUGCAACAAAUCCUUCUCGCGCAUGUCGCUGCUCAACAAGCACGCUAGCUCCAAUUGCACCAUUACAAUUGUGUAGAUUAGCGUGCGGCGUGUUGAGGUUUGAAGUGAAUUGAACGUUCGUGAAUUGAGCGACAAUAAUUGCCUUGGAAAAACGUUACGCGUACCUACGAAAAAGUGCCAGCAGCAGUGCGGAGUGGGUAAAAGAAAUACUCAGUAUUUUAUUUGAAUUGCAUUCAAUUUUAUUUAUUUGUAUGUAAAUUUAUUUUAAUUUUUAAGUGUAAAUAGUGUAACUUAUUGAAUUUCUAUUUAUGUAAUCGCAUUUGUGGCAGCAUUGAGUUUAUGUUUUAUAAGUUCUAGUCGAAUUCGUUUUAUUUGGAAUUUCGAAAAAUUCUUUUAAGUUGUGUUUGUUAUUUAAAACUUUUGUUUGUAGUUUUGAAUUAUUUUUUUUAUAUUUUUUUUUUUGUUUAAAGAAUUUUAUUUUCAUUUCAAGUGUAUAUUUGAGUUAAUUUAACUUACCAGAAGCAGCACUCGACCAAAUUUGCUCAUAAGAAUACAAAUUUAGACUUAAACUUUUUAUAUAAAAAUUUUAGUGUAAGCAAUUUUAAUAAAGAAAAACUAUACAAAUUGUUGUAAUAGUUUAUAAGUUGGCUAUUUAUAAGCUUAUUUUUAUAAAAUGGAGGACACUAAA